GAUUCAGUUUCUCCUUCUCGCUGAUGAUCUCACAAAUUCAUCGACUGAGGUUCAUUCCCAAGUUCUUACUAUCCUCUUGUACUCGUCACCCUCGUCUGAUCUGUUCCAACAAGAUGGCAGCCCCGUCGUACUCGCUUUUCUGUAUGGGAAAUCCCCUGCUUGAUAUGCAGGUCAUAAAUGGCGAAGGACUCCUAAAGAAGUAUGAUCUGAAGGAAAACGAUGCCAUCUUGGCUGAGGAGAAGCAUCUUCCUCUCUAUGAUGAGAUCGUGAAGAACCACAAAAUUACCUACGUUGCUGGAGGUGCUGCUCAAAAUGCUGCGAGAGGAGCUGCUUAUGUCCUUCCGCCACACUCCGUUGUUUACACUGGAUGUGUUGGUGACGAUGAUCUCGCCGAGCAAUUGAAGGAGGCAAACAAGCGUGAAGGUCUUGACGAGGUUUACCUUGUUAAGAAGGGUGAGAAGACUGGUGCUUGCGCUGUUAUCAUCACUGGACACCAUCGAUCCCUUGUCACCACUCUCCGUGUCGCUGAAAAAUUCGAGAAGUCGCACCUUGCCUCACCUGAAGUUGCACCUCUUGUUGAUGCAGCCAAGGUCUUCUACGUCGAGGGUUACUUCCUGACUCACGGUAUUGAGUCGGCUUUGGACCUCGGAAAGAAGUCGUCUGAAGCUAGCAAAGUCUUCGCGCUCAACCUCUCAGCACCCUUUAUUCCUCAAUUCUUUGGUCUUCAGAUCCAACAAAUUUUGCCGUACACUGACAUCGUCAUUGGGAACGAGGCAGAGGCAGAGGCCUGGGCAAGCGCCACCGGUCAGCCCGACAAGACUGACCUCACGGCGAUUGCGAAGGCGAUUGCUAUCCAACCCAAGUCCAACCCUUCCCGUCCUCGUAUCGUCAUCAUCACUCACGGACCUAAGAGCACCACUCUAGUCUCAUCCGCUGCUCUCGGUGACACGAAGGUCUACCCUGUCAAUCCGUUAAAGGACGAGGAGAUUGUCGACACCAACGGUGCAGGUGACGCCUUCGCAGGUGGUUUCUUGGGUGCGUUCGUCUCUGGCAAGAGCCUCGACGAGUGUGUAGAAGCCGGCCACAAGCUCGGUUCGAUGUGUGUCCAACUGGUUGGCCCUCAAUACAAGUGGCCCAAGGUCCAGGUCAUUUAAGUGCUUUGACAUUUUUCUUCAGCUGUCUAUACCCUUGCUCUCAACAGCAUUUGCUUCGUAUCACUCGCCCAUUGUAUCGUCUAGUACUUUCAACAGCAUCGUGAUGUAGAAUACUCUUACCUCGUACUUCUUCGGUUCGUUUCGAAGCCCCCUGCUGCUAUCUACAGUCAACCUUUCUUCCAGUUGCUUGGGAAACGAGAUAUCGACUGCUGAGUCCUUUGUCACAGU